AUUCGUUCCGGGCUGACUUCUCUUAUAAUGUCAAGACAUCGAAAAUAUACUUCAACCACUUCUGCUGUUAAGUGGUUUUAACCAUUUUAGUCGUAAUUUUGCUGAACACCGUGGUUUGUCUUUCCCCCAGCUAUCUCUGCGCGAAUCAACCUCGUCUACAGCUGUGUUCUGGUCAAACUGCUGUCUGACUGAGAUGGAACAGUCCUGUUUUAAAGAGACAUAUUUGAAGAUUGCAACUUUGCUUGUAUUUUCGUUGAUUCUUUCACUGGACUCAUGCAGUGCUCAAAGACGAGUGAAAGUACAAAAAGGGCCCCUAGUCCGGGCUGAAGGACACCACAUAACCAUCCAGUGUGAUGUGAGUGGGUACCAGGGGUCACCACAGCAGAACUUUGAGUGGUCCCUCUUUCGUCCAGACAAGCCUACACUGAAAAUCCAGAUUAUCAGCACGAAUGAUCCUGUGUUCUCUUAUGCUGUGUUUGGAGGAAGAGUGCAGAAGAAUGAGAUUUACAUCGAGAGGCUGAAAGGAGACUCUGUGCUGUUACACAUUACAAAGCUGCAGAAAAGUGAUGAAGGGACAUAUGAGUGUGCCACUCCGAGCACAGACGACGUGUACUGGGGGUCCUACAGUGCCGUAACGAACUUGACAGUAAUUCCAGACACGCUGAGUGCAACAUUGGCACCCCAGACCCUGGAUAAAGUUGAAGGUGACUCCCUGGAACUGCUCUGUGAAGUAUCCAAAGAAACAUCACAGCACACGCAUGUGGCUGUCACAUGGUACAUACAGAAGGGAGAUCAGAAUCUCACAGUUAUCUCUCUAACAAAAGAUUUCAUCCUACGUUCCGGAGAUUCAUAUAAGCAGAGACAGACAUCAGGAGAUGUACGACUAGAUAAGAUUGGUGUGACUUCAUUCAAACUCACCAUCUCUAAACUACAGAUGUCAGAUCAGGGCGAUUACUUUUGUGAAGGUGCAGAGUGGAUUCAAGACUUAAACAAAUCCUGGUAUGGCCUGUCUAGUAAAAAUACUGAAGGUACCACAGUGAAUGUUAAGAGCAUAGGUAACCAGUUUCUUGCUCUGAUUAAAGCCACUGAAGUCAACAUUAUUGUAGGAGGCUCACUGGAAAUAUUCUGCACAGUUGAAGCUCAGAAUUUCCCAGAACGUUUCUUCUCUGUUGCCUGGUUCUUAAACAACAGAGAGAUAAUCCGGAUUGGACCAAAUGCAGUACCAUCUUUUCAUGGGGACUAUAACAUGAGAGAGAGCCUGGGAAAGGUGGUGGUCCAUAAGAAAAGCGAGAGGGUUUAUGUUCUGAAAAUGUAUCAGAUUCAAGCAGAAGAUGGCGGCUCUUAUUACUGUCAGGCGGAGGAGAGUGAGAAAGUCUCAUCUGCAGCAUUCUCAACUAAUAAAUCAAAGGAGAUCACCAUCACUGUUCAUCGACCACAAGCCAACCUUAAAGUCAUAAUCGACAGUAGUAUGACUGAGGUUUUGGAAGGUGAUUCCAUUCAGUUUACCUGUGAUAUUCAUACAGCAAGUGCAGCCUAUGGGCAGCUCUCUAUUACUUGGCAAAUGACAAACAACCAGAACCAAAACAAUGAUGUCAUUGGAAUGGACCAAGCUGGUAUUCAGGUUACUUACCAACCUUAUCAGGAGAGAGUGAUCAGCAAUGACAUCAGAAUGGCACGAGUGCAAUCAAAUUCUUUCACAUUGGACAUUUAUAAUGCUCAGACUUCAGAUCAAGGACAGUAUGCUUGCAAAGUGAUGGAAUGGGAAGCAGAAUCUAAUGGAAACUGGCGCCUUAUUGGAGAAUAUUUCAGUGACAAAAAGGCAGUAACUAUCAAAUCCCUUGAAAGUAACUUUCAGGUUACUGCAAUCACCCGGACUCCAACCGUGAAGUACUAUGGUACGUUUGAACUCCAAUGUUUCAUUAGGCCGGUAGAUAUCACCCAUGUGCCAGCAUCUAUAACCUGGAAAUUCCAACCAGCCAAUUCUAAUGACAGCUACAAUCUUGUUACUUUCACCCAUGAUACUGCGAUUAAGUGGGGGAACAUGGCAGAGAACUUCAAAGGAAAAAUGAUUGUGGUGAAAUCUGUGUCCAAUGCUGUCCGGUUGAGUGUCUCGAGGGCCAGCAAAUUGGAAGCUGGAAAGUUUCUAUGCAUCGCAGAAUUAUGGGGAAGGCGUAAUGCAAACAAAUGGGUCCAAAAAGCCAGCAGAACAUCAAACAUCCUGGAAGUAAAGGUCAGACCCCCAGCUUGUCUCUUGCAGCUUACUAAGCAAGUUACCACAAUACAUAGAAGGAUCAAUGACAUCACUGAACUUGAAUGUAAAAUUUUAGCUCGAACUCAAAACGAUUCUCAAUUCUCAGUCACAUGGCUCUUCAGUAAGACACAAGGACCAAACGUGAAAGGGAAAAAUCUUCUGGAGAUUGAUCGUAAUAAUAUUGUCCAGUAUUAUGGAGAAUUGCUUACUAAUUCUCAGAAGAAAAUGAAAUUUCAGGAUGAGAAGCCCUCUAGUGAUGUGUACAAGUUAAUGAUACUGAAAACUGAUAUGAAUGACAGUGGAAAUUACUAUUGCCAUGUAACGGAGUGGCUUUUGGAUCCCAACAACAUCUGGUAUAAAGUGGGAGAGAAUACAUCAGCAAUGACAAUUGUCAAAGUGCAUACAGCAGAUGUAAACCUACAACUCAGUAACAAUAACGUAACUCUAUUAGGCAAUGAGAAUGCUGCUGUUGAACUUGAAUGCCAGAUCAUCAACCAGACACAGAGACAAUCACAAUUUUCAGUCACAUGGUAUUUCCAGAAUGCUGACAAUCCAGACACCAAGGAGACAGCACUUCUCAAAACUGAUCAAAAUAAUAUCCUGCAAUACUUUGGAGACCUGCCGAUAGAUCCUCAGAAAAUGAUGAAAUUCCAAAAUAUCAAAACCUCCAGUAACACCUACAAGUUGAUAAUACAGAAGGUAGUGCGGAGUGACAGUGGUGUUUACUUCUGUGAUGUGGAAGAAUGGGUGUCUGCCCCCCAGGAUGAAUGGGUUAUACAAGGACAUGCUCGCUCUGGAUCAACAGUUCUUCAAGUUCAGAUACCAGGUGCUACUCUUCACUCAAAGGCUUGUGCAUCAUCAUCUCUCUUCUACUUCAUAUUCAUCUACCCAUUUAUAGUCAUCCUAGCUCUUAUCGUUGUUGCACUUUAUUUGUAUUUGAGGCCAAAGAAACCACAGAAACCUAUUAAUGAAAAGAGCCUUUGGACACCAAUAGAAACAUUCAUUGAUGACCCUAAGAGUGAAGAAGAAGAAAAUAUAAAAUAGCAUUUCAAUUUUGUUAUUUUUUUUUAACUCACUAUUGUUGCUAUGGGAACUGUCAUAAAUAGCAGCAAGAUAUCCCUUGUGAUUAAGAAAACAGUGGUGUCAGCCAAACAGAACAUUAAUUAUCAUUAUCCUUUAAACUAGAAUUGAUAAACUUUGCUGAACAAGAAAUGUAUAAAUAUGUUUUCAUUAGUUUUGCUGUAAUUUGUCAGAAAGCUCAGCUUCCCUCCUAGUUCAAACAACUUCACUUCAUUCUUAGUUCCAGUUCAUAUUAUUGCAAACAUUUAAGAUUUGGGAGCCUUCUUUUCGUACUUUUCAGUUCCUAAAUUUAAAUUUAAAAUGCAUGUCAUUUUUUUUAUCAUGAAGAUUUUCUUUUCAACCCUUUCCAUGUAUUGAAAUUAUUGCAGCCAAUGUCCCAAAUCCAGAGCACCUGUAACUUUAAAGUAAGAAAAUAAGCAGAGUAUUAGAUUCUAAAAACCUAUCAGGCCAAGCUCUGAAAAGCAAUGUGAUGUUAUCUUAGAAUUUGUGCUCAGGAUUGGACUUGUCAAAAAUGCUGCAUCAGCAGAGAACAAUUAGUUAUUCAGUAUCUAGAAAGUGAUUGGCGGACACACCAUUAUAUAUAGUAAACAGCUUUGUCAUUGGGAUACAAAGUAGUUGUCUAAACCUUAGAGAUGAUGCAGAGUUGUUUACUCUUACUACAGUAUGA